UCUUCCCAAGCUGGAUCAGUGUGUAGGGAGGGCAGUCAUCACGACAUCCUGAGCAGCAAGAGCUGACGUUGGACGAAGCUGCCAGGUAGCUGAAAAAAAGGCGCAGAAGGCAGCUGAUACCCACUUUUCAACGGUUUGUGUUUUUUUUAGUCUGAGUCUGGACUUCAAGCAACACAGCGCCUGAGACAGCUCAUCUGAACCACACUGUAUUGCAAUACUCGCUCUUCUCAAGGAAAAAGACUCCAUCGAGUAGCAGAAUGCUGCCAGUGUCGCAGCCAGGGCUACAAUACAGAGCCUUUUUGUAACAUUACAAAUUUCUUUCUGUUCAUAUAUUUAGAGAUACGUACAUACACUCACACAUCAGUUCUUUCUUUUUUGAGGGUACCUUUGGUUUUUUUUUACCCUGAUGUGACUUCUUCAUCUUGGAAUGAUGGGGAUCUUUCUAGCUUAUGUUGGAUUCAUUUUCUUUUCGGUUAUGUAUAUUCAACAAGGACUUUCUACCCAAGCAAAAUUCACGGAGUUUCCCCGAAAUGUCACAGCCACAGAAGGGCAGAACGUGGAAAUGUCUUGUGCUUUCCAAAGUGGCUCCACUUCGGUGUACCUCGAAAUCCAGUGGUGGUUUCUGCGGGCAGCUGAGGACCAAGAGGCUGGAGCUGAGGUGACAGGCACUCAGGUGGAGCUCCUGCCCGAGCGGGACCUGGACAGCGACGGCACGAAGAUCAGCACAGUGAAAGUACAAGGGAAUGACAUCUCCCACAAGCUGCAGAUUUCAAAAGUGAGGAAAAAGGAUGAAGGCUUGUAUGAGUGCAGGGUAACCGAUGCCAACUAUGGAGACCUUCAGGAGUACAAGGCCCAGGCAUUUCUCAAAGUCAAUGCUAACAGCCACUCUCGGCGAAUGCAAGCCUUUGAGGCAUCUCCAAUGUGGUUGCAAGACAUGAAACCUCGUAAAAACAUCUCAGCAGCUGUCCCAAGUAGCAUCCACAAUUCUGCCAAUCAGCGUGUGCGUGCCACCUCCAGCCCCGAAGCAGCAGCCAAAAUCCCCAAACAAAGUCCACAAUCAGGUGCGAGGAUAGCUACAAGCCAUGGACUUUCUGUCCUGCUUCUUGUUUGUGGCUUUGUGAAGGGUGCUUUGCUUUAAUCUAAAAGUGCUGACUUUUUCCAAUAUCACUUUCUCUUCUUAAAGCAAAGAGCAAAUCGCCUGUAAAAUCCACGGAGCGGACAGCAAAGUUGACCCUAACCUCCAACCACCACUCUGCACCCAAUGUACUCUAAAUCUCUACACAAGGAGCACCUUCUUCAGGAAGUACAAACAAAAUUACUAAAUAAAUAAAAUAAAGUAAAAUAAAAUAAAUAUUAUAAAAAAAGAAGAGGAUACCACAUGUUUUCUUGAUAUAUCUUAUUUUCUUUGGCGUAUCACUGAUAUUUUAUUUGAAGAGAACUGGUGUGAUGUAAUCAAACGUUUUGUAACAGCAAGACCUAGUUUCCUUUUCUUUUGGCAAGGAGAAGCCUCAUCCUUGACUUCUCAGGGGGUGGCCUGCAAGUCAUCAGUAUUACAGAAUUAACCAUGGAUGACAUUUGGUUUCCUACACUGAAAGAACCAUUCCAGCCUGGAAGCAAAAAGAGGCCAAAUAAUGAAACAAACCCUAGUGAUUUAACAUCGACUCAAAUAAAAUACACAAAAACUUUAUCAAAAAGCCUUUUUUUUUCCCUUUUUCUUUUUUUUUUUUUGGCAUAAGAAAUAGAGAGGAGAAAAUUAAUUCUACAAAACAGCUCAGAAGAGUAGAGGAUGUUGUUUCUGAAAAACAAAUGAGGGUAUUUUUCUUUUGAGGUGCUUUGUUUUUCCUUUUUUUUUUCCCUCUUUUUAAUAUAUUAUUUUUCUUCCCCUGUGAGGUUUUUUCCUGUCUUUUUGUUUGCUUCUUGUUCAAUGGUGGCAAUUCCAGACUUAGGCCAACCCCUGAUGAUUGUGUGGAGGUUUAUAUAUAUACAUCUUUUUUUUGUGUGUGUGCGUUCUAUAUUUCAGUGUGUUUUCUCUAAUUUUGCAACUCCUGUAUAUGCAAAACUAACUUAAAUUCUGUAAAUUGCUUACAGUCUGUGUGAUAUAACUUCAGAGUAGACAUACUUUGGUCCUCAUGCAAGCCAGUUUUUAAUAUUAUCUAUAUGUCGUGCCACCAAGAGACAUUUUUAUUUCUUUUUUUUUGACAAAACAUCACUUUUACUUUGUAAUUCAGUAAUGUGUGGAUUUUGUAAUACAUAUCUUCACUUUGACUGGUUUGACUCCCUUCAGCCCUCUGUUUACUCUGUAAAUGCACAUUAAAAUUUGUUAUGGUCUCUAGACAAUGAAUUAUUUUAGUUUGUAUGUUGUGUUGGAGUUCAGAUGCUGAAAGCUCUUUUGACUUGUGAUGUUUAUAGAAGAUGAAGUGAUUUGAUCACUAGAGACUGUAAAAUGCAGGUUUGCAGUCAAGUACUGCAUGUAAAGGAACGUUAGAAACAGAAAACAGACAAAUAAACCAGAACAUGUUAAAGAAGGUUCUUUUGGUAAAGAGUUAUAGGAAAGUGAAUUUAUUACACUGACAAACUGUAUUUGCAUCACAGUUCCUUCUACAUGGCCAAAGAAGCAUCUUUCUUUGCUUUUUCUGGAAGUGGAUUUUCAUUACUCAUUGAUAUUCUUAAUUAAAAUACUUUUUGUCUGUGAAAUGAACAUGAGAAUUUUGCUGUUGAAUGAUGUAAUAUGCAUUACAUGAAUUACAUUCAUUAAUUCAGGAAGGAAAAAUUGCUACCAUUUGCAGCUGCAAUCAGGAAGGUUUUUUUCCUGUUCCCCUCUUUCCACUGAUGCUGAAAAAUUCACACCCUUUCAUUUAUCAGCACAGACAAUCACAUAUACCACAUGCUUAUUAUGAUCUAUUUACAGCAGCAUUAAGUAGCUGCAAUGUGGUCAGAUGCGUGAUUUCUCCCCACUUUGUAAGUAAUGUAGAAGGAAGUAAAAAAACAUAUGUUUAAUAUCUCACUAGUGUGUGGUCAACAAGCCUAGCAUUUUAUCUCAAAAUUCUCAUAAGUCCGAAGUCCUCCUCCAUUACUUUCAAAGAGCAAACACAAAUUAGGGGCAUAGAAUGAACACUUUGGAACACUGAUGGUUUAAAAGAAGAUAACAUAUUUGUGCUGAUCUAAUUUUCCAUACAUUCUGUACUAUAAACUUGAUUGGGAAUAGUCAGUCUUUCUUUGAUUUUAGACUAUGCAGUAAUAAAGAGAGAAGACAUUUGGUCUAAUACAGACAAAUCAGGAAUAACUGUUGGAGAAAAAGGAAAAAUUUAUUCUAUAUUAACAUAAAAUUUAUGACCCACUUGGAAUGUUGUGUAUUGAAAAGGUUUUGCUUCAAAGUAAUAACAGCCUACUGAUAAAAAGAUUAAAACCAGUCCCCAUUUAAAUGUUCUGAAUCAAAACCGAUAUUGUGGAUCAGAAAGGAUGUAAAGGAAAGAAAAGAGCCAAAAGUCAGAUCUUUUUGAAGUCUCACUUUCUGAACACACAUAUGGAACCAAACUUUCAGAACUCUGGAGAGAAAUCUAUAUUUUCGCCAUGAAAUGGAUACCUAUGACUGGAUGAUAUGAGAACCUCCUGCCUGGAGUUAGGAAACUUCAGUUUCCAUUGGUCUUAAAUGGAACCAAAUGCUUAAUGUCACAUGUUUUUUGUUGGUUUACUGUAUCCAUAUAACUUGUAUGAAUAUUCCAUGUAUGCACAGUCAUAUAAACUUCCCACAGUGACAUAUGGCAUUUUAUAGAGCACCUUAGCCUCACAAUGUUAAAGUUGUUACUAUGUUAAACUGAUAUUGUGUUUUACUUUUUGUUGUUAGCUGCUUGGAUAUAAAUCAUCAUGUACUAGGAAUUCAGAUUAAAGAACCAGAUGAAAUUAAAAGCAGAAUUAUAUACCACUUGGCCUAGUGUGAUGCAAGUCAGGAAACAUUACCAAAGAAAGUGCCAUAUUGUGAUCUGCUAUCGUUCAACGGUGUCAGCAAAAAAAGGCCAAAAGAAAUCUGUAGGACUUUUGAAAAACCUUUAAAUCUUGCAUGAGAUGCUAAGGGGAUACAAUAAUUGUUCUCUUUCCUCCCUCCACAGGAUAACACACUCAAAUUCUUCAGAUGAGGUUGAUCCAGCCUUUUUGGUUGUAGAUCUAGAACACAGCUUUAGAGUUUCUGCCAAUAUGUGUGGAUGCAGCAGCAGCAUCUCCUAACAGGAGAAAGUAUUGCAUUUCUAAAUUCUAUACUGUGUCUUAACAUCUUAACAGCCAUUCUUUAAAUUGAGAAUCAUCCUGAAGCUUUUAGAAAUUCUCAUAAUGGAAGUCAAGCUUCAGUAGUCCUCCUUUUUUCUAAUAAUUGAGUUAUGAAUAAUAUUUGGUAUAGAAGUGCAACUACUGCCAUUUUAUGUCUGAUGCAGUUCUAGUCUGGUUUUAAUAUUAAUUGAUUAUUAAUAUUAAUUGAUAAAAUAAAUAGCUCAAUUAUAUCCUUAAAGCUCUUCCUUGAGUUAGGUAUCUAAAAGGUCAAUUUACAUCUAGCAGCGGUAAAAUCUCUCAACCCAAUGUCCUUAACCUUUCUACAAAAACAGUCCAGUUUUGAGAUGGUCAUUUACAUGACUCAUGCUUCUCACUUUGUGUCCCCAAGACCUCAUUGUAUAUGUGACUCUCUUCUGAUCAUUCCAAGAGUUUUUGUUUUUAAUGGGAGAAUAAACAUGGGUGAGUAUGAAACACUUCUGUAUUUCAAGGUAUAUGCCAUCUACAUUCACACACUUUGAGAUCUGAUAUAUCAUCAGGCUAAAAGAAACGUAUUUCAGCCCCAUUAAAUGUCAAUGACAAUUUUUGUAUUACAUGAAAAAAAGAUCUGUAGCAUUUCUGUACUACUACCCAAUGAUUAGUACAGGAACAGAACUUGUCUCAAAAAUUCUCCUUUUCUAUGGUUACCCAUAUUCCUUUAAACUCUAGAAUUUCAUGCAUACAAGUUGUUGUGUAACGUUUGAACUUUCCUUUCUUAAUUGCCUUUUGUAGAUUCUUCAAAUUUGUGCAGUAUGAGGGAUGCUUGGAUCAUAGGUUUUAAAAAACUUUGAAGACUAAUUUAAGAUCCUCAGAGCUCCUAUUAAGAAUGGUACUAGAAAAUGUGCAUAGUAAAUGUUGAAUCUAUCAUGAGUUAUUGUUAUUUUUUUUCCUUUCUCAACAUUGAAAAUUUAUAUUACAGCAAUACCUGAAGGCAAAGAUCGGAAAUAGGUAUAAACAUAUGAGACACCAUAGCAAAUGCAAUAGGACUACUUGGAGGUUCAUACUUAUGCACAUAAUUCAGUGCUGCUGUGAUUUAGGAUAAGAACAUGCCCUAGAAACAGUUUUUCUCACAUUCAUUCUUUAAAGUAUUUUUACUUCAUUCAAAUAAAAUGAGAAGACAGUGGUUGCUGCAAAAAUCUGAAUGUUUACCUAAUAUUUUUCAGUGUUAAACAUUUAACUUCUAAUGAUCUUUACAGUGAUGUAUCAUUCAUAAUGUAAUUCAUGGUUAAAAAAAAAAAAAAAGACUACAUUGUUGUCAGUCUUUGGUUCCUUCCUCAACAAAACCCAACACAAAACCAAAACAAAACAACAACAACAACAAAAGAAAACAAAACAAUUCAAACCUUUGUCAUUUGCAGGAUAUGGGAAUAUUUGUCCAUGACAUUAUUAUUGGUAAAUGUCAGAUGUUGUUUAUAGAGCUAAAAGCAUUAGAAACCAAGAAUGGGAUCAUCAAACUUUGCAAUAUAAAUUUUUAAAGGUUAAUGUUCAUGAUUAGCUCAGAUACACAAUGCUAAGCACACAGUAAAUUGCUUAAUGCAACUCACCAUAAAUGCCUUCAGUCUUUUGUUCUGAGCUUCCUAAAUGUUUACUUAUUUGAUUUCACACUCAUAAAGUUUGUAAAUUUAUUGACAUAGUUGAAAGAUUAUACAUAUUUUUCUAGUGCUCUUCAUCCAAUCAAUAAAAGAAGAAAGUUAAAUUGGUUUGUGACAGUGAAUCACAAUCAAUUGUUAGAGAUAUUUGCAAAGAAACAGAAGUGUACUUUCUUGAGAGUCAAGUUUAAUUGUAAUCUUAUUUCAUUUUCUCCUUUAUCUACUAUUUUUUUUACCAAAAUUUCAUUCUAAAACCCCCAAAAUACUGUAUAUCUUACUACUACUUACAAGGUGAAAGAGGUCAAAAUAAUGUCACCUUUGUUAUGAACGAAUGUGGGAAGGAAAAAGGGGGGGGAAGAGAAUCUUUUCAUUUAACAAUAGUCUAAAAGUCUACAGUGCCCUAUCACCUCAAAAUAUCUUGAUAUAUGUAUGUAAUUUGAAUUCCAGCUAUAUCAUUCUGACAGUAGAGAUGGUCUUCGGAUGGGAGCAAAUGAAUUUACUUAUUGAAAUGAUCCUUUACGUUAACAGUACAGCAGAGAAAGAGGUCUUAACUGUAUAUGAGACUAUUUACUUGAGUGACAGCUCAAAAGGAAGCCAAAAUGUACAUAAUAGACUAUUAAUUCCUUUCCUGUUUUUAUGUGCCAUGAAGUUGAAAAACAAGAGAUUGGGUCUGAAACUAGCUGCUUAAAAUAAACUAUUUCAUUUAAAACUUUGAAGAAGCAAAUUCAUUAUCAAAAUGAUUUAUAUAACUAUAACCUUUUAGAUUAUAUGGGGUUUAGAUUUUUAAGCAAAGUUAUAUAUAUUAUAUAUAAUAUCCUUGUAUAUUCAAUUGAGAAGGAAGGAGACAAUGACUUCUUUUGUUACUUCUGAUAGAAGAUUAUGUUUAUUGCUGCUGAUUAUUUUCCAUAUAAAAUGAUUUAACAGACCCUUUAAAUCACUUCUUUAAAAAUCAGGUGCCAAUUUUUCUGAUCACCAAUGAUACCCUUCAGUUUUUGAUUGUUAACCAGUACAGGUUCCAAUUUUGAAAAUGUUGCUUUUUCCUCAUAAUAGAAAAGAAGGAAUCUACACUUUAUCAAAAAUAAAUGUCAACAUGUUUACUAAACCACCUUAAUGUCUUUUUCUUUGGUAAUUUGGGCACAAGAAACAUUAUUUUUGUUCAUAUAUUUUAUCCACUCAAUGGAGCUAAGCACUGAAAAAAAGUCAGGGAAAGGUGGAUCUUAGUUGUUCCACCUACUAAUUGAAAUCAUGCGUAAGAGAAAGAAAACAGAAGGCAUGAUUCUUCUGUUUCCCUACAACAGUCAACAAUGAAGAACCUUCACAGGGAUUAACAAACCAAAUCACUGCUAUAAAAAUGACUUUGAUAAUUCAACUUUGUAACAAGGUGAAACUCUCAAUGAAACUGAAAGAAAUUUCUCUAGCAAAAUGCAAAGGCUUUACUUCCAAAACUGUGAGCCUUCCGAAUGAUUAGGACUUUGAACAGGGGAAGGUUUUGCCCACCUUUUGCAACUGCACAAUGGCUGUCCCAAAGAGACUUUAAGGUUUUUCCAUUCCACCAGCACUGCCCCACACUUUAUUAAGGAUGAGGGCACCCAGGAAAUUAAUAUAUUUUUCAGAACAACAAUAUUCUGUACCUAAAUUUAUUUUUUAUUAUUAUUUUUAGCUUUUCAAUAGAAAAAGCCUUCUUACAUCCCUUAGGUAGUUUUCUUUUAAAAAGUGAGGCAAUGUUUCCAUAGUUCAUAAAUGUUGUAGAUAGUUUGGGAUUGGUUUCUUUUUGUUUUGUUUUGUUUUGUUUUUUUGUUUGGGUGUGGUUUUUUUGUUUGUUUGGGGUUUUUUUAAUAGUUCUUAGUACUUAACAGAAGAGGCCUAAAAAGUCACCAGUAGUAUUCUAAAGCUGUCUUUGUACAAGAACUACUUGCAUUAAUGGAAAAAACCCAACCAACCAACCAAAAAAACCCACACAUAAAUCUCAUGGCCUGGAGUUCAUUCUAAUGAGGAAUCCAAAAUACUGGGGAAAGGAGGUGAGGAGGGAAAACUCCUGGAGUGAUGCUGGUGAUGGUGAUCUGACCUUUGUCUUUAACCUUUCCAGUAUACUUCUUGGACUCAGCAAAGGAAUAAAUUCUGAAAGAACUUUUUAUGCACAUGCAGCAGCAGAAAUAAUGGAUGCAGUACUGCUGCCAAUCUUGUGCAAACCACAAGACCCACUCAGUUUACACAAGAGUACUGUGCACAAGGGCAGAAUAUCUGGCAUUGUCUGGAUUCUGAAAAAGCUGAAUGCCUGGAGCUGCUAGAUAUAGGCUGGGCUCACCUCUGGACAGGGUUUGAGUAACUAGAAAAGUUGUUCCCCUUCUCAAGCUCCUAACCCAUGGGACAAAUAAAAUAGAAAAUACUGAAAAAUAAAGAAUAUUGAACAAAAUUCCUCAGGAGUCUCCCUUACUUCCUGUGUUUGUGACUAAGGCUUCUAACAUAUAAAUUCAAGAAAACUGCCCUCCUUAGCAUUAACCUCCACAGAUGGACUUGGAGAAUAUUAUUUGACCUGAAUUUUAAAUCCCAGUUUUAUUUCUUUUGAAAGGUAUGUCAACAUUGAAAUAAAACACAAGUAAAUAAAGACAAGUCAAAAUGACACAUUUUGCCAAAAUCCUCACUCAAAACAAUAUUAAAUAAGAAUUAUCAAGCAUAUCUAACUCUAACCAAAACUCUUUUAUUAGGCAUUUUAAAGAGUCAUUAUUUAUAAUCAUGAAAUUUAAUUAGAGAUCUGGGGAUUAUGCUCUAUUAUGCAUUUGUUUCAAAAAAUAGUAAUCUUAGAGCUGCUUGUAAUUUGGUAAAUUAAAUGCUAUUUAGUAUGGUCAUAUAUAAAGGUAAACAAUACAGGUAUUUAAGACAUUUGUCAUGAAAAUGUACACAGAACACACAGAAUUUUAGAGACAGACCUGCUAAUGGUAACAGUUUCUUUUCUCAGCAGAUGGAUGAAGCAGAUGGAAGACCUGUGUUUUCUUCACACUUUUUCUACAAUCAGUAGUUACAGCAGUAAUAUCAAUUCUACUCUGGAGAUAUAUAUGCAGCAAUUUUUCAUCUUAUUCAGUUUUCCUUUUUAAUCAGAUUAGGCUUUUGGUAGUCCUCAGAAAUAUGUAACACAGAAAAAAACUGCAGGCAGUUGUAUGGAAGUAUGAGGGCCUUCAAGUAUAUUCGUUCUACAAAUAAAAGCAAAUUUUCCUUAGGAAAAGAAAUACAACACAUUAUACAGUAUGAUGAGUUUGUUAUAUACAAGUCAUAUUUGAGACACUGUUCAGGAAGAUUUGCCAUCACAUGUGCCAAAAAGGAGGCUCUACUAGAAACAUUCUUGUUGCAAAUUCUAAAAUAUCCUAUUUGUCCUCAUUUUAUUGUGGAUUUCUCAAUAGUAUUCUGUAUUUUGUUUCAGUAAGUUAAGCUAUUAAGCCAUAUAAAUAUCGCUGAAGUGGAUAAGAAGCACUUGUGCAAUCUGUUUCACUAGCUCAUCUUUGAAGGCUCUGACUUCCUAGCUGUAGGGUGAUUACAAGGAAGGAGAGUGGCAGAAAUGUUUUAAAACUAUCACAGUUACAUCUGGUCAUUCAAAAAAAUUCCCAGACAUCUUUGGGGGGAAUUUCAAAGGAAACCAUUCAGGAAGCUGACACGAGAUCUGCCAAUGAACCAGAACACUAAGUACCUAGUGUAAGUGAGCUGAACCUAACACUGGAAUAAUUUGUUUCUGUACUAACUGCAGACAUUCCAGAGAAAGAGGAAUGUACUCAAUGUGUCAGAAUCAAUGAAAACACCAUUGUAGUGGUUAAUGGGCAAACAAGUAGAAAAUAUAUUAUGACAUAUAUGAAACAAGCUACAUAAUAAGCUCUGAAACUAAUAAAAUUACAUGACACAUGUUUCUGCUGUGUGUUGCUGACAAAAACUAGGUGCAGGUUUAGACUCAUUAUCUCUGACAACACCAAUACCAGUACGUGGUAAUGAGAUAAAACCCUAACUCAAAAUGAAGCUGGAUGACUGAAACCACUGUAUCCCAAAAGGUAACUAUAUGUUUGCUAAAGAUAGAUAGUAAAAUUCCUAGUGAAACUGAACGUUUGUAAGGACAAUAACAAAACCUACAGAUCCAGUAGAAGGGGGUGUAGCAAGCAGGACUGAGGAACUGUUCAUUCUCCUCCACUUGGCACUGGUGAGGCUGCACCUCAGAUCCUUGUGUUCAGUUUUGGGCCCCUCACUACAAGACACUGAGGUGCUGGAGCAUGUCCAGAGAAGGACAGUGGAGCAGGUGAAAGGUCUGGAACACAAGACUUAUGAAGAGCAGUUGAGAUAGAUGGGGAUGUUUAGCCUGGAGAAGAGGAGGCUUAGGGAAAACCUUAUCGCUGUCUACAGCCACCUGAAAGAAGGCUGUAGCCAGGUGGGUGUCAGUCUCUUCUCCCAAGUAACAAGAAACAGGAUGAGAGGAAAUUACCUAAAUUUGUGCCGGGAAAAGCUUAGAAUGGGUAUUAUGAAAAAUUACUUUACCAAAAGUGUUGUCAAGCACUGGAACAGGCUGCCGAGAGAAGUGGUUGAGUCACCAUCCCUGGAGGUAUUUAAAAGACAUUUAAAUGUAGCACUUAGGGACGUGAUUUAAUAGUGGACUUGACUUGUGAGGUUAAUGGUUGGACUCAAUGAUCUUAAAGGUCCUUUCCGAACUAAAUUAUUCUAUGAUUCUGUGAAUAUAAAUCUCCAGGUUUCAAAACUAGAGGUAAAAAACAUCUACUGCUGGUGGGGAAUAAAAUAACCUUUAAACAUAUAGUUCCAUGAGCAAAUUAUUCUGGGAGAAUAUUUCUGCUUAUCGCUGAGAAGCAUAUGGAUAUGGCUAUUGCUGAACACAAAAUACUGAAGUAAGGGUCUCCCUUACAGAAAAGGAUGGUGCAGAGUUUUCAGAGAUUUUUCUGACUGGGAACACAGAUAGGAUCAUGGGAGUUGUUAAGACUGUCAUGCUGUAUUAUGCCCUUUUAGACUUCCUUCUAAUAAAAUCUUGUUACAAGAUUUUCAAGUUUUUUACACUAUAGAUCUUAUUUCCUUUUUGUCUGUGAAAAUCAAUUUUUUUUUCCUAGCCUUCUCUGUAGAAGUUUUUAAGGUCCAUAAGGAAGACUUUGGUGGUUUAUACGCAAUUUACUGCCAGCAAUUCUUAGUGGGAAGAAAGGUGGAUGUGGUGGUUACUUCUGUAUACCACAAGUAGAACAUUAGCACUAGCACUUUAAGGCAGUGUAACUGAGACUUUUGAUUUUAAAAGUCAUAAGAUGUUGUAAUGAAGUUGAUUGACAAUAUUAUUUUGCUCUGGUUAGAAGUACAAGCAGGUAAUUGUCACAUGCAGAGAAAACAUGGAAGUGUCAACUCAGCCGAAGAUAUUGGGCCAUCCUUCUGACUACACAGUACCCUAUCUAGGAGAAGCAUUACUUUGUAUUGACUUUUAAACUGACUUCUAUUUUCAUUAAACAGCACGUCCUUUAGAAGAAACAAGCAGUAUAGCCUUAAUCCUAAUGCAGUUACAACAGUCUUUCUACAGAUUCAUUUGAGCAAGAGAGAAUGGGAUAUGUAGUAAAAUGAAGGAAUGUAGAAAGUAAUACAUAAAGAUUAAACACAUGUAGAUUGGCAGAAAAGUUAACAUCACUACUAGCUCAUGUCUUUCUGGCAGGAUCUACCACAGAAGCAUAUUUUUGCCUUUUCCUCCCCGCCCCUUUAAUUUUCUGUUUUCUUCUCAUGCAUCUAUUGUAAAGGAAUGUAUAAAUAUGAUGUGCUCAAUUAUUAAUCAUGUAUCAUUCAAGCCUGGCAAGCAGCUUCAGAAAUAAAAAUGCAGAGAAGACUUAAAAUUAUAUCCCACUUCAGGAGUUUUACCUAAAAAUAGCUUGUUCCUGUAUCAGCCACAUCCUGUUGACUUUUAUCACAGAAGUACCAGGCUGGAAUUCUAAGUAUUCACAUACUGCAAGACAUAUUUGCUUAAAAAAAAAAAAAAAGUGAAUAAGUGAAGCUAACAUGAACUCAGGUGGCUUUCUCUGCUGCACUGUACAAAGAACCUACUAUCAUUUGAAGCUGCCUGUAAACUCAUAUGAUUUUUUUUGCCCAGAUUACAAAAAAAUGACAUUAAGAAGAAAACAAAGCAAAGCUUUAAAUCAUAGUCUGCUUUCUGUUAGUUAGUUCCAAGAAGUCUGAUUAGAAUUUAUUAAAACAUAUUUCUGCAUUUUAAAAUAUCAGAUUAUUUAAGACAUUGACAACAUAGCAACUACUAAAACUAAGAACAAAUGAGCUCCAUUUACUUUUGAAAAUAAGGAUCAAUUCUGGGAGAGGUAGGAAGGCAGAAGUCUGAGAACUGGAAUUGCUGCUAAUAAUAAUAAGGCCAAAGCGGAACAGUACCCUCCUAGAAUAUACUCUUCUCCUAAUCUUCCUUCUAUAAAGAGCAUCUUUCUAUUGCAUUGGGAAAUGUUGCUUCCCUUGCUCAUGGAAUGGAUGUAAAUGACAAGCCUUGCUUUGGUAGUUUGCAGGUUGCAGUAGUGGCCUCUGUGACAAGAAGUUGAGGACUGUCAUGUACUGGACACAGUCAAUUCCAGCUGGUUCUGUGAAAGAUCCACUACUAGACAAAGCUGAACCCAUCAUCCAUAGUGUUUGGUGCCUCUGGAAAAACAUAUUUAAGACAGGUUAGAAAAUGUUGGGGAGAAAAAGGAGGAAGGAAUUAAAAGUAAGGAACAACAAAGGGAACACCAAAGUCAGAGGAGAAGGUGCUCCAUGGAAGAACAGGCACUUACAGGAAAGGAUUGCAACUUGUGGAGAUCCCACACCAGAACAGAGAAAUAAAAAAAGAAAAGUGAGGAGUGGAGGAAUAAAAUACUGUGUACUCAUCAUAACUCUCACAUACCCGUCUCCCCCUCCCAACCUGGCAUGGUGCGUUGCCUCACUGUAGAGACUGCAUGUAACCUAUAACAAUAACAAAGGAGGAAAGAGGAAUUUGGAGUGAAGUUGAGCAUGGGAAAAAUGGGAGGGAAAGGUGUUUUCACUAAGUGUGUAAAUGUUUGGUUUAUAAUUCUUUUCCUUCCAAUACCCAAAUCAGUAAUUGCAUGUUUAUUUUCACUGACAGUAAAUUUAUUCAUCACAAGUCAAAUCUGUUUUGCCCAUAGUGGUAACUGAUAAGUGAUCUUCAUGUCUCCAUCUUGAUCCAAAAUGUUUCUAAUUCCUGUUCUUCCUCUUCCUCCCCUGUCCUAGUGAGGAGGGGGAGGGAGAGAAUGGAUGAGUGUAAGUUUGGUUACCAGCAGAGACCAACCCAUCACAGCUUUCCUUGUUCUGGAAAGGAAGAGUGAAAAAAAUCCCCAAAAAAAGUCAUCUUCUGACAUAUUCUUAGUUUCAGAAUGCAUGUGAAGAUGUGUUUGAUUUUUUUUUAGUUUCAACAAAUCCUUUCUGGUUGUAUCUUAGGUUCCUGAGUGGAUUGCUGGAUCUCAGAGUGACUCAAAGUCAUGUAGGUGACACAUCAUAAACUAUAUCUUCCUUCCUGGUUCAUUCCAGGAAAAUGUAGACAUUAUUUAAGCAGUCCAGGAAUUUACACUGAAGUGCAAUCUAAGGUUGAACCAAUCUGCAUUCUGUCAGCAACAAAACAGGUAACCUCCACCUUUUUCAACAUCAGAGUCACAGCUCUAGACCACACAAAUAGAAGAUGUCUCAGGUUCUGGGUUCUUGUUUUCUUACAUUGAGUUACAACAACUUUGGCAAAAAAAAAAAAAAAAAAAAAAAAAAAAAAAAAAAAAAAAAAAAAAAAAAAAAAAAAAAAAAAAAAAACAAAACAAAAAAAAACACCACAAAAAACACCAGUCCUUUUCACCCUGCUGCAAUGUCUCUUUAAAAUUUCUCAAGAGAGUUACUGGUGUUAAAAUAUAGAAGGUUAAAUGGUAUAAUGGAGGUUGGUUAACAGAUUGGCCAUCUACGAAACUCAGCCUUCAUAAGUAAAAUCACAGAAGCAAACUAGCAGGGUUUGUCCAGAAGACCUUGCCAUGUACUGGGUUGACUACCUCAAACAAGCUAUUGUUUCCCUGAUCACUGCCUGUCACUGACCACUGAUAAGCAUAAUGGUUCUUUUCAGUUUCCUUCUCUGUACUGCUUUCCUUCAGGGCAAUUUGUUGCUAUGUCCUCUGAGUGUUUAUGUGUUCAUGCAUUUAUUUUUCAUUGAAUUUCUUUAUGUCUUUGUAGGAAGGAAGAAAAGGAAAAGGGACGAAAAAGAUUUGAUGUGUCUCUUGUCUAGAAAUAUUUGUCCUCAGGUGGAAAUGAGUAAGAUUGUUUGCAUAGGUUGCUGGGGUGAGAAGACAGACAGUGUCAUGUCAGAGAGAGAAAUUAAAGCUAUUUUUCUUUAAAACAUUGUUUUUUAAAAAUGAAAAAGUAGCAAUACUAAAGCUUCCUAGAAACUUCUCAAGGACUAAGAUUUGGGAGCUCCAAAACCAGCUAAAGGUUGGAGCUUUUUAUCAAUAUAAAACAAUGCCUUCAUUAGGAUUCAUUAGGGUUUUAUGAGAAGAGGAAAAGAAAAAGAUAUGAGGAAGAAGAAUGAGUUUUCAAGUCUUUCAAAUAAUGUAGUGACCAAAUUAAAUAGUUACUAAACCCCUAAAAUAUCACUAGUCAAGAAAAGGCAUGUAGAAUAAAUAGGAAACUGGAUACAUUUGGAAUUUGGUCUUGAAACAUAAACUCUGAUGUCUUUGAAUGUCUGUAUGCUUGGGGCACAGUUUUUCCUUGAUUAGGUAAGGGACUCCAUAAGAGAGAAUUUUUUAGCUGGUGGGAGGUUUUUGAGGUUCACUUGCUUCUCUUAGAAUCUGUUCUGAAGCUGGUUUUGUAGUGACAAAUGGCAGUAAUUGUAAAAUGCCUCCCAUACUGCUAUAACAGGAGGCUCAACUUUUCUUCAGAGUCAUUCUGAGUGGUGAUAAUUGUGGACUUAAAUAAUAUGGAGUAAAUCAUUAAAACAGCCUCAAACUGAUAAGAGUGAAAAAGUAUAAAAGGAAGGACUUCAGAUUAUGUAAAAUAGGGAAAAAAAAAAAAAGGCUGGUAGUUCUGCAGUGAAGGGACAAAAAGCAGAAGAUAUGAAAAACAUAACAACAAACUUAUUACAAAUGUUUUGGAAGAGAAGAAAAAUGAAACACAAAAUAUUUCAGUUUAUGUGAUCAGAAAGUUAAUUAGCUCAACAAUUAUGUACUUAACCCAGAUCUAGUUAAGGUAAACUAUGUAGCACUAGUUAAACUAGGUAUACCAAAAUAAAAACAUAGACAGAGAAAGCACUCUUCAUUAGUUGCUCAAUUCUGCAUGGCAAAAGGAACAGAAAUUAUCUCAUAAAACUUUACAUACAACCAAUAAAAUCAUAAGUAUAUUGAUCUGGCUAAAUCUCCAUGAACAUGUCACAUCUUUCUCCAGUUAUUUUGGUGCAUGCUAAGUUGAUAAUCAGCAUCAUUGUACUUAAGUAAUUGUACUUUAGGUUUUAAUUGUACUUUAAGUUUUCCCACAUGUUAGAAAACUUUGACACUUUCUAAGUAUGUUUUUAUUUCAUUAGAAAAUGUCUCUUCUUUGUGAUUUCUGUAUACUUACCUAUGAAGCCAUUUGUCACUUUUUCUUGUGGAAAAGAAAAAAACUGAAAGGAGAAAUGACAGAGGAAAAUAAAACUAGAAGUGGCAUAAAAUAAGAUGGACAGAAAUUUUUCACUCUGUUUUCCAGUGCAUGAAACAGGAGGUGUCAAAUUGAGCCAGUAGGAACAUGUUUCAAGACAGACAAGAGUAGGUGAAAAAGACCUCACCAGAACUAAUGUGGAUGCAAGAAGUUCAUAUAGGUUGGUUGUUUGGGAGACUGAAAAGGUUUAUGGAUGUGAAAUUUGUGGUGGGUUGCAAAUAAAUAGAACCACAUAGAUUCAGGAGAUUUCUACUGUGAAAAUAGCUGGAGCAUGAAAUUAGCAUUAGACAGAAGUGUCAUAUUAUAACCUUGUCCUGCUCUUCCUUUUCUCAAGCCAUUCACUUGUGGAUGCCUUUGAACACAAUACACAGCUCGGCCUUUGGCUUGACUCUCUAACUGCUGUAAAUCACUGAUGCCUCCAAGUGAAACUCUAAAUGUCUCUUCAAAGUAUUCUACUCCAUGAACAUCAUAUAGUCUAAAUAACUACUCCAUGAAUUCUCAAAACUUUUGAUAACUUGCAACCUUUAGUUCUAUUCCUAAUGAUUUAAUAAGGGAGUUUUUUUAUUUAUCACAUUUUGUGUGUAUUAUCCAAAACCUCUAUUUUGACUAUAUUUCCUUCCCCCUUUCUCUUCUGACAAAAUUUUCCACUUCUAUUAUUCUUACCAUUUUCCACUUCCUAGAGUUUCUGUUCUAUAUGCAUUAGGGUUUACAAUUGCGUUGAAAUAAUAUUCUGUUCUGUUUUUUUUUUUUCCUUCUGCCUGUAAACUGAAAAUUGGCAAUACUUUUCCAGUCAGUUUUCAUUUGGGAACAGAUUUUCUUGGAUUUAAUUCUGUUUUCAACCCUUUCCCCUUCAUUAUUUAGAAUAAGUUUCAUAUAGGUUACUGAGAGAAGAAACUUGUCAGCCUCUACAAAGAUAUCACACAGUAGAGAAGUAUUUUGAAGAUCUGAUGACCCCUUAAAAAUUCUGCAGGUAAAAUUUUAAAUAUGAAAUAAAGUUUUGUCUCAAUUUUAAAACAAAAGGUUUAUCUCCAUAGUUUUAUUACCCAACAGUGACCAUUCACUAUACAUGGCUUGUUUGGAGCAUAUUUCCUUCAUCAACAUUUAACCUCUUGCUGGCCAUACACAUAAGCUAGCUAUCUUACCAGUCUUUUCUCUUAUGCAGUCCUAAGGUAUUUUAUAAACUAAACAUCAGAAUCACUUUAUCCUACACUGACUGAAUUUUAUUCACAUCUCAGCUGAAACAGAACUGUCUUGUAACAUUAUGCAACACAUUCAAAGUGGUUUAAAAUAAAAGAGAUCAACACAUUAGGUAAAAAUGCAAGUAUAAGUUUUCAAAUAUACACAAACUUAGUAGCUAGAUUAGUGUAAUGAUCAAUACACUACUUUUAAAGAGAGUAUCAAGGAAAAAUUAUUAAUCUAUAAUAAGCAGAAACCUUAAUCUAAUUUGACAUUUUACUUCUAUGACUUAACAUUUAAUAAAUGGAUAAUUUUUAGAGAACAAACAUUUGCUACUCAUUUAUAAGAUAUCAUACUUAUUUCCUCCUUUACUGUUAUAAAAUUAUUGUGUCAUUUAGGUACUGCCUUAUGGUAACUUUGAAAAUACUUACUCAUUCUGUAACAAUGAUACAGCACCAGUUCCAAAGCAAACCCAGCUUUCGACAUUAAGCAUUGGAGUGGCAGGUACAACUUGUUUCCAUCAGUGUUUCCCUAAUUCUAAGAUUAGAAUAAGGGGAUAUUUCUUUAAUAUUAAAUUAAUACCUAUAACCUUGGGUCAUACAGCUACACCAUCUUCACUGACAACACCCUAAUGUACAUAUCGUGGAAACUCUGAGUUGUUUACUUAUUUCUAAAUGGUGAAGAAUCCAAAUCAGUUGAAAUACCAACAUACCAUCAACAAAAAACAGUGUUCAGCAUGGGAAAAACAGCUGUAACAAUUUGCUCUUCCAUCUUAAAAACCAAACUUUUACAUAAAAUAAACAUGAAAUAUUGGCAUAUUUAUUAAAAUUAUUCCCUAUGUCAAAGAGAAAAAAAAAAUCUUACUUCAAAAACCAUCAUCCAUAAAAAUUGCAAUCAACACAAUUUAUUUCUGCUUUCUAUAUUGUGCAAUACUAUGGCUUAAUAACAUGUCUGCACUGACUGCUCUGAAUGUAUCUUUUCUUUCUAUAUCUAUCCACACCUACAGUAAGACUAGAAAUGGUUCAGAGAACAGAGUGUGCACUACAUGGUGAAGGCUUCUCCAAGUAAUUAUUUAACUGCACAAGUUGGAUGGCUCAAAGGCCCCUUUUUACAAUGUUCAUUUUGUUUUUCACGGAUUUACUGAAUGUGACCAGAGGGUCUCUUUCAUUAGAGGCUUUAAGAAACAGAUUAAACAAACAGUUAUCAGAAAGUUUGUCAAACAAUUAAUCCUGUAUGGGAGCAGUGGAAUGAACUUGGUGAUUUUCAAGGUCCCUACAUCCUACAUUGUAAAAUUUAAAAACAAAGUCAAAUGUGAAAGAUCACUUUGACAAUUUUGAGCAUGAACCAAUGCCUUCUUGUAUCAGAGGUAGCUUUUUCAAUUAAUUCCAAACCAUAUAGGAUUAAGGAACACAACACUGAUGAUUCUAAUCCAUGUUUUUACAGUCUGUUAUAUCUUUUAUCAUUAGAGCAUAAGUUGUCAAAGAUAUGAUUAUAUUAAGUAUUGCAAAUACAUUUGAGAAUGUAUUUGGACACAUACAUACAUUAUAAAUAUCAGACAGCGAUGUGUAAUUUAAGUUGUCAAAUGUGUUUUGAACACUAUGUUUAUAGCCCAGAGAGCUGCUCAGUGAUUUGUAGAAGGGCAGACAUCUGGAUCAUUAUGGUAUCUGUAUGAUCAAAAAAUAGAGACUUGAUUUCACAGCCAUUUUUGACCUCUCUGAAUAAUUUCAAUCUGAGUAUGCAAAAUCUCUUCCCCCAGCAGACAACAGCAUUGUACCCAUGUCAAUUAUUGUAGGCAGUCAAUGUAUGGUUGCUGAAUAAGUGAUUCAGUCCUUACAGAAUUGGUAUUUAGAUCUGGCAUCUGUUUUUCUUGGCUUGUUUCUCUGCUGACUCUGCCAGCUUCUUAAUGUGUGUCCCUUGCUUUCUCUUACAUGCAUAGACAUUUUUCCGUUGCCUCUCAAUUUCUGCAGCAAGUAACAUGUUGACCUGUCUUCUUUUCUGUGAUCCUGUUUUUUUACCAGUCACAGUGUGCAACCCGUUCUUUAAUUCUAUUGAGUAUGUUUCAACUUUUAGCAUAUUGUUUGGCUUUAGUUUCCCCCUCCAUUGCUCCAUAUACAAAGGAUUGUGAGACAAAAUGAAGAAAGAUAUGGAUUCACCACAAAAGGUAGAAAACUUGGGGUAACAAUAGGAAUUUUUUCUCCCAAGUACAUAUUCCUUAAACUUGUCAAAAGAAAAGUGUUAGCACACCAUAAAAGACAUCCAAGACCUAUAGUUUCAAAACUAGAAAGGCUGCAAAGACAUCAAAAGUCUUGCUGAUGACAGGUUUCUAACAGGGUUUUCAAAGUUAUUUAAUCCCUUCCUUCUCUUCAGUUUAGAGGAAGUAAAGGUCAUUUCAUCUAUAUGUAUCCUGAGAACCUAAACAGUUCUCAGACAUAGGCCCACUGUCUGCCUAAACAUUUACAGACAAUUUCAAAUCUAGCCACAUUACAGAACAAUAUGAGACAACACAUAUCAGUACAGUGUGAUACUGCUAAAACUGCCCAUUAUCCUCUGAAACCACCCAACUUCACAUAUAGUUUAAAAUGCAAACACACUGAUAGUGGACAAGGUCAGAAACAAAAUGCAGGACUAAAAGUACCUCAGCUAUCAACCUGAAGGAAAGUUCUAAUGUUAAUCCAGAAAUCUAAAUAGGUAUCCUGACCAAAAAAAUAACACUUUAAAAAAUCAGUUAAGAUCACUAAAUUGAAUAGAUUCCAACUGCCAUGUAGAACAACUCUAAUCAUAUGGAGCUGUAUUCACUACAACGUAAACAGAAAGAGAAGAUAGCUCAAAAUUAAGUCCUUGGAAAUGAAAAACAAAAGAACAAUUGGUAAUGAUGACCAAUAUGACCAACAUGACCAACACUUCCUACACAGAUGCACAUGCAGGUGACUCACAGACAUGAGUACAUGAGCUUAAACCACAUUUUUGGGAGGGCUUUUGAAGAUGGUUGAAGGACUUCUUCCCAUGAUAAUGAGAAGAUAGAAAAGAAUUUCUAGAGGCAUCUGUUUUGCAGGGAUCUUGUGUGAUGAUUAUUUCAAUGCAAUGGAGCUCUUAUUGUCACAACCAGCAGCAACAAAAAGGUAUUUGGAGAAAAAUAAAAUCUUAAGAGAAUAAGGGAGGUGAUUCUAUAGAAUUAUUUCAUUGCUACUUAUUUGGCUUUGAUUCAAGAAAAGUCACAAAAUGCUUAAAAAUAUGUCUGAGAUUCUGUGAACCUUUCAACAUUGUCAGGACAAAAAUUAAAGGAAGCUUGACCUCUCUGACUCUGACAGAGACUUCAUAAAAUUAUUAUUUCCUCAUUUCAGUUUAUGCCUGCCUCCUGGACUUUUAUCCAUACACAGAGAAAAAAAAGAAAAAGUCAACAAACUGCUAAUCACCAGUGGCAUAAAAGUAUAUUUUGUUAUAGUAUUGAUAAACUCCGCUUAAUCAGUCACUUACCCAGAUGAUUUUCAAAAGUCCCUUGCAAUUUAUAGCAUAUUAUUGAAUCCUGAAGUACAAGGGCCUGUUGAUCCAAGUACAACAUCUUCUACUGGGAUGCUCAAUUAAUCACCACUAGUUUUCCAUGUGCAAAUAAAGGGAUUUUUUUCUUAGUGUUUCAACACUUUCUAAUUUUGUGUUUCUCUUAUUUAGAGAAGUUGAUCUCCAUUAGUUUACAAACUUUAUGACAUUUGAAAUGACACACCAUUCACUUCAAGAUCUGAAAGUAAAAUAGGAGGGUUGACUUUGGGAAUUCUAUCAAAAUCCAAUAAUCAAAUUCUUGAAUUCUGUGUGAGCUCUGCUACUCAACACAUGAAGGAAGAGAGCCCUGUGCAUGUCUACUUCACACAACCACAUGUAGAAAAGGUAUGGUUUCCACCUCCCCUCCUUCCCUAGGAGAGGGAUCUUGCACUUUUUACCCAGGAACAGAACUUCUCUCUGUGUGACUAGUACCCCUUGCUCCUGACCCCUGGUAACAUCCUGCCAAGUAUCCCCAAGAGGAUCUGUCUGUCACCGUUGUGUGUCUCUGUUACACUUCAUCUUUGAUCACUGCUGGCCAUUAAUUCCAACAUUUUAUAGAACAAAUUAUCACUAUUGACAUGCUCUUAGAGAAAAGUGGAACAACGGAAGAAGUUGGUAAGAGAAGAAAAGCAAGUAGGUAUGUAGGUCAUUUGGUUCAAUAGACUUAAGAAUUUUGUUCAGUCUGACAAGAUAGCAGUUAAAUGCAGUAAAGUUAAUUUCUGACAGCAUAUCUCAACAAAAUUUUCAAUGGAUUUCACAUUCCCUUUCAUAAAAAUAUUUUAAGAGGCAUGACAUUGUUUCUUAACCUCCAAAUGAAUUAUUUACUGACCUUCUGACUAUUAGCAUCCUAGUAACAUUUCAAAUGCUAUUAGGAUAUCUAUUUUAUUAUCCAGCACUAUCUUUUUCUAUUUUUCUACAGGAUAUCACCUUAAAGAAAAUUAAAAAGGUAAAAACAAUAAACAGAGAAUUCUUUUUAAGAAAUGAAAUCAUAUUCAGAUGACUGCAUCCAGGAGAAAUAGCUUUGAAUUGAGGGGAAAAUUAUUAUUCGCUUCAAACCUUUCCGUUCUCUCUUAUGUAUACUCCUGCCACUCUUGCAAUUCCAUCAAUUUUGUACUGAAAUUGUAUUAGCCUUUCAUAGACAGUAUACUGAUGAGAAAGAGAGAAGGAUCGUUAUUCUCUUGCUGUUUCCAUGUUGUGGUUUCUUUGUGACAAACUCUGUAACUCCAUCACCGGUAUUAUUCAUUAAAUAACAAGAUUAAUUAAUGAGAAGACCAGUCUGUUUCACUUUGACUAACAUGCAUAAACUAAUGUGGUUCUUCUGAUGUUUAUGAAACUUUCAUAAUAAAAAUAUAACUCCAUUUAAACAACUCAGAUUUUCACAAAUAUGCAAAGUCUGUUCUGCCAAGUCUCCACUUUUAAUUGAGUUAAACAGUGCUCAUUCAAAGAAAAGUUAUUUUCUUAUAACUGAUUGGUAGCUUCUACAUGUGACAGCAAUGAAUGGAAUUAUUUUUACCUGUAAAAAUAUCCUACAUCUUACUCUAUAAUAUGCUUGUAGUACUUCACUUUUUUUUUUUCCUGUAGUUUACCCAAGAGCAGUUUGUCAAACUGAUAUUAUGGUCUGUAAGUCCCAAGCAUAGUCCUCAGCUAUAAGCCUGAGCAACUCUGAAUCAAAUUGAACAAUACAACCUCAGGAUCUCAUUCUCUCCUAAUCAUUUAGAGUUUAGAGUGAGACUGUCACAUUAAAAGACCAGGUUGAUUUCAGGUUCUGAUUUGCUUCUGUCAUCUCUGUCUUUUCGUGCACUUGCAAGAUUGUGACACUCAGGUGCUCCACUGAAAAUGUCACUGUAAGCAGAGCCUCUUCUAAUUUAAUUUUAUAAUUUGGUUUUAGCAGGUCCUCAAGAUUUUGGUAAUAUUGACUGCAUCUACUGGCAUUAGCUCAGCCUGUUUAUGGGCCUAUCUAUGACCUUUAUGGUACAGUAACCAUGGGGAAGUUGUGCUGAGUUGCAGGUAUUUUUAACCUCCCACAUAUCCUAUCAGAUUCUUCUUUUCAACGAUGAGGUAUAUGUCUCUUUUGUCAUGGUACAAAUACAGCUAUUUGAUUUUUUAUGAUAAUAAAGUUAUAUUAUUUGUCUUAGGCUGCACAUCCUAACUUAUGUCUAUAUCUUGCAUAUUCUGCCACCAUAUCUAUAACAUAUCUUCUCCAAUCAUGUCUUCCUACAUUUGACUUUUAUCUCUCAUUUGCUUAAUGCUCAAAGUUUUGGGGUUGUUUUUUUAAAAAUUACUUGGCUUUGUAUAUUUUAAGUUUAACUUGAUUAAUUGAACUGGUAUUUUGCUGCUAAAUCUGAAUAAUUACAAUGAAGCAAGGACAAUAUUAAUUUUUUCCUUGAAGUUCAAGAAGUCCUACUGCAGCAAUUAGCUGGUAUGCUUCUCUUUCUUCUUUUUGUUAAUUAGUUAUCAUUUCAGGAUUUUUACUCAAAACCCAGGCUCUUAAGACAAAAAGUCCACCAUGUUUUCACAGAAGCUUUCUGCCCUUCUCCUGAAACUGUGAAGAGCUCUUCUGUGCUGUUUUAUGAAAAAGGAAGCACCAUGAAUCUCAGGUAAAAUAGAAUUAUUAUUUAUUUGAAGUAACUGCCUACAGAUAUUAUAGUAGUAGGAUGCCACCACUUCCUCUUUUACUGCCUUCUACUUUCCACAGAAAUCAAAUGCAAGUGGGUUAUGAAAGUCAGUGGGGUAUUUCCUGAACAGAAGCAUAGUUGGAAAAGCCAGGAGAUUUGCUUUGCUGUUAGCUGAACUCUAAAUUUAUUAUUUUAACUAGUAAUAAGCAGCUCAGGAUAUAUAGAUACAUGUAACUUAAAACAGUAUGUGUUCUAUUACAAUAGAAGAAGCAAAAUAUUCAACUCAUUGCUAUACUUUGCUAUGCGGAGCAUCUUCCACAGAAGUGCUUAACCAGAUCAUACUUUAAAAAGAAGGGCAUCUUCCAUAAGCUAUGGCACCUAUCAGUGUCAUUUUGGAGGAGGGCUUGGGAGAAGCAAACAGGCUAUUGGUUGAGGACCUACAAUGAGAGAAAACCUGGACGUAAGACAUAGCUAAAGAAAUUCAAUCUAGUUGCAAGUAUUGACAAUUUCAUGUGAGUCUAUGUGGAAGUUUUUCCCUUAUGAAUAAUGGAUGGUGAAAAAAAGAAAUUAAAUUUCUUGAAAGAGAUAAUUUGGUUAUUUGACAUUGUCAUGUAGUUGGCAUAAGGAAAGCAAGUUUAGAAAAUAUUUGAACUUUGUAACUGGAAAAAACCCAUCAAUUUGCAUCCAAUCUGCAAAAAUUCAGAACUAUUUAAUAAUUUUAACAUGCCUAUUCUACCCAUUCUAGCAGAACAAUGAAAAAUAUGAAAGGCAGAAAAUUGAAGUUUUCUUGGCUGACUGGCAUAGAGGGAAUUUCAGCAUUAGAAGCCAACAGAAGAUAACAGAGAAGCUACUUAUUAGUGAGGAUAGAAUGGCAUUUCUGUAAUCAUUUAGUCUAACUUUAAUUUAGAAAAUUCUCUUAAAUUAAUUUUUGUUUUAAUUGAGGCAUAAAUUUUUAAGGAAAAAAAAAAAAGAAAGGAUAGUGAUAACAAAGUAGCUAGUGACCAUAGUUUCUGCUAAAUUGACCUAGUGUUUAGUGAAGCCAUGAUCCAUAGUAUAAAACCUCAUGAAUCUUAUUUCCAGGAUACACAUGUCAAAUUUUGUUGUUUUAAGCAUUCUGUCUUCUUGCACAUCAUCUCAGUUUUGAGGGAGUAAGAAAUUGAGGAAACCCAUAAUGUCUAAGACAUUAAGAAUUAAUAUAUAUAUAAAAUAAAGCAUCUCCCAAUUAUAUUAGAAAAUUUAUCUAUUAAAAAUAGAAAACAAACAUAAGAGACUUAUAUAAAACUUCACUUAAAAGAAUACUCCACAAAUGGAUUUAAAAAUGUGAAACACAUGAAUUUCUGGCACAUUCCAGAUGAAAAAAAAUCACAAGGUUCAGGUAACUCACUGUCCUGUAUAUACUCCAGUUUUGCAGAUAUUUACAGGGUGCUCUCUGGUCUUUUGAGUAUGGCUCCAACUCUAUAUAAUACCUCCCAUUCUUUUACUGUUAACAUCACAUGCAAAUCCAUGGCAGUUACUCUUGAGGGCUGAUUAUAGGAACCCAAGGAUGAGCAGAUUAUAUUAAAAAAAAAAAAAAUCACACUUGAGUGGAUAUAAAAUAAUUUAUCCCAGUAUUUGAGCAGUGAAAUUUAGGCCAAUACGCUGUAGGUCAUACCACUAUCACUCAAAAGUAGUGUCUGACUAUAUCAUGCCCAGUACAGUCACAGUGAGUAUCCAAGGUGCAUUCACCUUUAUGCAAAACAGAGGAGAGAGAACAAUUCUAUUACUCUCUAUAGAGGAUGUAGAACAAUUCACUAGAUUGCUUUUUCUCUUGCCCAGGUUCUUCAUGAUCUCAAGUAUUUAAAGAUAUUUAAACACUACAGACAAAGCAAAAGUUUGGACACAGAAGAACAAAGUGUUUUCACAGCUUUUUUUUUCUAAAUGCUUUGCAUGUGAUUUAUAUAAAAUUAAAACUUCUACUAAUCAGUUGCACUCAUAUACAAUAUUUCCUCUUUCUUUCCCGAAAAUCAUUUGACUAUGAAUAACAGCUCUGACACAUUCUAUUCAAUUUGGCAACAUUCUUAAUUCUAGAGACAAGAAGAUUCCUGGUGAUCUAUUUAUAGGAGGUUCAUUGUCCUUUUACAUUUUUACUGUGAAGCACAAUUAGCCCUUUGAAUUGGAGUAUGAAUUCUCAACAACAGGACCUCCCUCUCGAUAGUUUGAAUUCUCCAAACUCUGAUUCUUAUUCUAGUAAUUCUUUUCUUUUGGAAGAAUUUGUAAUAUUUUAUAGAAGAUAUCCCUCGUCUGAGUGGCUAUACUGGUAUCUCAGAGGUUUUCCAGGCAGUACCCACAGUCCACUAAAUGCAUGCAUGGUCCUUGUCAAUACUCUGUUACUGGUAAGUAGCUAAGUGAGCAUCUAUUCUAUGUUCUUCCCUUGUGUUCAUCAACGUAUCUAACUGGUCCACUUAAUUAUGUAGAACAUAAGGAAAAAUUUCUUUUGUAGUUGAAAAUUUUGCCUGUUUUUUAGGGAGAAAACUCCAUGUUGAUGUUCCACUAACAGUUGCAAUAUGAAGUGAAAAUGUUUCCUAAAAAAAAUGUUAAUGUUAUUCAGGUUUUUCUUUCUUCUCUUACAGGCUUCCUUUUAAGAAUAACAAUACAAUUUGGUGGUAACAGCUACCUGAGUAUGAAUCACAAACACUAACCCAAUGACAAGGCUGUGUAACAGCUGAAUCAGCUUUUAGAUGAUGAUUAGUGAACUGCUUUUGCAUAGGUAUGGGGUAAAUCACAGUGCAGCUGCAAUGACUCAGGACCCUUCAUGGUGGUUUACUUUCCCAUUCAGAAACUGUGUAACAACCAAUAGUCAUUAUGUAUGUGAAAGGUGGAAAGAACCCACAAGUUCAUUCUAGUUCUGCAAUUCCAGAAGCUAGUAUUCAGUGCGGUAUAAGUAGGAACUGCAGUACUUACUAUGUCAAGCCAAAUUUUAUUAAUAUACUGCAUUUUUCUUAAUUGUUCAACAUACUUACACAAGGUAGACAGAUCUAAAAUGUUCUAUAAUCUUCUCUGACUGCUUAAUUAUUGUUCCACAAUUACCCUGUUUAACAGUUCCAUGAUCUGCUAACAUAUGAUCUAUCAGUAAAAACUAGUUUGCAGGCUUUCAAGAUUACUGAGUAAAAAAGAUGUAUAUUAUAUAUUGUGUAUAUAAGCUAUACAUUAUAUACUGUAUAUGUAAAGUAAAAUCACCUCAACUUUAAAGGUUGAUGUGAUCUCUUGCAUUUUAUCCAAGAAACCUCCCACUUUCAUACUACACAGUACAGAAAACCUAUGUUAUUACUCUGUAGUUGGUAGGUCCUUACCAUGUCAAUCAGCAUAGGAAGGCUUGAGUACAGAUGACAGUAUGUAUCUCUGUAUUUAUAGGAAGGAAGCAACACAGAUGGGUCCAUUCGUAACUCGUACAUCAGGCAACAAACAAGUAUAGCCUUUUGUGUCAAUAUACUGUUAUUGAUAUUGAGAAGGAGCACAAUUUUCACAACAGUGAGAGUGAACCAAGUCAGCAGAACCAACUGUGGAUCAAAACAGCAUUCAAAACUAACGUGGGGAUCUAAUAAGUUAUAUAAAAACAAAAAGUAAGGGUUUUUGCAUCAGAAAUGAAGGUUUUAGAGUAUUGUGCAAUUCUUAUUAAAAUAUGCUAACACAUCCAAGUACCCUGAAUAAAAAUUUAAAAAGUCUCCCAUAUCUGUUUUCAGUGGCAUAAUUCAAAGCAAUUUUCACUUAGAAUAAGUAAGAAAAUAAGUGGGAUACUGUCUUGGUCAACAAUCACAGCUACCACAGAAUGCCAAGGAGUGGAAGGUCAAUUGGCAAGUUCCCCAGUGUGCAACAUAUGCUGCAGUUAUGAAAGCUUAAGCCUUAUGACCUGCUAUGAAUGCAAGCUGUUCCCAACUAGUGUUCAAUAAUUUGCUGUUGCAUCUACAAUACAUAUUAAAACCACCAACACAGUAUGAAAUCAAGUGUUCACCUGCUUUCUAAGACAUAUUUGUAUAUUUGCUAAUAGAACAGGCAUUAGCAAAAAAUCAGUCUAUAAUUAGAUUUUAUUGAGAAAUUCUAGGAGCAUUUAACCUUGAGAAUUAAAUUAGAAUUUAAAGCUUAAGAAAUAUGUUUUGUUGGAAGUGCUAGUCAGCCUUUUCUAUAAAAAUUUUACUUCACUCAUAUAAAUCAAUGGGAGAUUUGUCAUUGUCUCUAAAAAAACUAAAAUCAUACCCUAUUUUAACAACCUUUUACUUAUUAGACCAUAGGGAAUUAAACAUCGCUUUUCUCCUCAUGCAUAAAAUCCUCAGUAGGCUAUAAAACACUCUUUUACUGUAAUACGGUAGCUUUUUGACAUGAAUACUUGUGUUUCAGAAAUAGCAAUUCCACCAGCUUGGACUGAACUACAUACCUUCUGAUGUUUCUGAUUUGUUCCUGACAGUACUGGCGCUUAACAAAGUAUCUCUCUAGUGAUCCUAAUUGAAAAACCGCUGUAUGUCAAUGAUCAUUUGAAUGACCGAAAAAGAGGAUGUUCAGCCACAGGCAAGAUCUGCAGAGCAUGCAAUGCAAAAACUCAUCUGGGAUCAAUCCCAUGCUGCACGAAAGCAGGGGUCUCAGCAUCUGGAGGGAUACAAGAUUUACUCUCUAUCUGUAUUCCUCUUUUUACUCUGUCUUAUUAAAACAGCUGUUUUAUUGA